AUGUCAAAUUCAAAGCUGAUGAAUGUGAAUUCAUUGACAGAGCAUGAUUCACAACACCGAAAUGAGUUAGAGAAUAUAGGAGUAAGAACACAAUAUGCUGAAUUAGACUUUGAAGAUAACGCAUCUUAUGAAAUGGCAACUAACUCUAGACAACCUUUAUUAUCUACUAAUGUUGAAGAAAGUGAUGAAGAAUCUACACUAGAAGAUAUUGAACAAAAGCAAUAUAAGUUACCCUCUGAUGGUGGAACCAUCUUCUUGAGUUUUCUUAAUAUGGCAAACAGUAUUAUUGGGGCAGGAAUUAUUGGAUUACCAUUUGCAUUUAAAGAAGCUGGCUUUUGGACGGGCAUUAUACUGUUAAUAGCUUUAACUUUGAUUGUAGAUUGGACAGUCAGGCUAUUAAUGUUGAAUGGAAAACUAGCAGGAAGAACAACAUAUCAAGAUUUAAUGGAAUUUGCAUUUGGAAGACCAGGAUUGAUAGCUAUAUCAAUCUUUCAAUUUGCAUUUGCAUUUGGUGGCAUGUGCGCAUAUUGUGUCAUUAUAGGUGAUACCAUUCCAAGCGUUAUUCGAUCUUUAUUUCCUAAUAUACAUCAUCUACCUAUUAUUUGGAUAUUUGGUAAUCGAAGACUUUGCAUCUCCUUUUUCACAUUAUUUGUAUCUUAUCCGCUCUCACUUUAUCGAGAUAUAUCAAAACUAGCUAAAACAAGUGCACUCGCUUUAAUUGCAAUUUUAGUUAUUAUUAUUAGCGUAGCCAUAGAAGGGCCUCAGAUGCCAAAAGAAAUAAAAGGAUCAGAUGAACUUAUGUUUAAUUUUAUGAAUAAUGAAAUAUGUCAAGCAAUUGCUGUUAUUAGUUUUGCUUUUGUAUGUCAUCAUAAUAGUUUUCUUAUCUUUGGAUCUUUAAAACAACCUUCACUUAAUCGGUUUGCUGUAGUAACUCAUUGGAGUAUGGGUAUAGCUUUUUUAACUUGUCUUGCGCUGGCUGUUAGUGGAUAUCUUGUAUUUACAGAUAAAACUGCAGGCAAUAUUUUAAAUAAUUUCCCUUCAGAUAAUAUCUUUAUUAAUAUUGCUCGGUUAGCAUUUGGUUUAAAUAUGUUUACGACUAUCCCAUUAGAAACAUUUGUUUGUAGAGAGGUUUUCGAAAACUUUUAUUGGCCAUCGGCAUCAUUUAGUAGAAGACGACAUUUUCUAAUUACAACUGCCUUAAUCUUAGUAACUUUGACUAUCUCUCUGUUAACAUGUAAUUUAGGGAUUGUACUUGAAUUGACAGGUGGAUUUUCUGCUACUGUCUUAGCCUUUGUUCUGCCGCCGUUAUGUUACCUAAAAUUAUCAUCAGGGGAAACGAUCUGGGAAAAGGGCAAAAUUCCUCAUUGGUUAUGUAUGAUUUUUGGUGUCGUCAUUAUGAUUAUAAGCACAUUCUAUAGUUUACAAAAGGUGUUUAUUCCGUCUUCGAUACUUAAUUCUGAAGGAGAAAAAAAUGCUAUUACUGAAAUAUGUAUUUGA